UGGUCUUGAAUGUGCGUCUAACGAGUGCAAUGAAAUAUUUGCUGUACAACGCGCCCGCGUGAUCGUCCCGCUCAUGACGUCACGCGUCUUCUUGCAUGGAGUCGACUGAGCGGCUCCAGUUGUAUAAGGCCCACCGAUCUCCUCCCUCUCUCUUACCUCCCAACGACCAUGGCAUCCGUAUCAGCUGCAGUUUCGAACUUCAUCCAGUCGCUUGCAGCGAUUGCUGGGUCUCUACUCCACUCCGUAUUGGCCAUCUUCCAGGCCGUUCUAGCGUUGGGCGAGGGACUCUUGACUGGUGCAGUGCAACUCAUUGAGGCAUUCAUCGCGGUUGGGACGGAUCUGUUUGGCAGUGUGCUGGGCUUUGUGACAGCGCAUUUUGUUGUCAUUCUGCUACUGGGCGGAGGCUACUACUGGUACACCAACACGCAGAGCGGCCGGAGGGUUUCCCAGAGGCUCAAGUAGGGGCGAUGUAUAGACAUUACGACCAGAGUUAUCAUGCCCAAUUAUGAUCCUGUCACGUUGAUAUGUGCCUCUCGAGUAUCCCGAUACCGCCCGUAGCUUACCUUCGAGUUCCUCUGUACGAGUACUACCGUGUAAUAUUGUGCCAAAUGCCAGUACUAUACUAGUGUG